UCACAUAUAUGCAACCGUGCGAGCCGCGUUUUGCACGGGCACGAGAGCCCAUUAAUUUGAAUGGACUCCUGUGCCCCGUGACACGCAGGGAAGAAGUCCCUGCACUUCUUCUGAAAACGAAGCCACACGGGAACCUUGGUUCCCAGUACGGAUGUGUUUUACAGUGCGGGCGGCGUGUCAUUAGAACUAAUGGCACCCGCCUGCAGGUCCACAUUCCUCUGUGCGGGUGGUGCAGUUGCAUGGAUUUUCAUGCGUAUUCGCAGCCGCACAACCCGCACAUAUGUGAACCUAGCCUU